GGAAUGUUCAGAUGAGCAGAGACUUUUCAAUAUCAGCGGUUAAAGAGAAACCCGAGCUCAUCUUGGAGCGUUUGGUUGCGUAUCGCCAUGGUAACCGCAGACGCCUCAACAUCGCGUCGUCUGAUUGGUUGCUGUGUGUCUCCACACUCCGGAUUCGAGCUUGUGUGUGUUGUCUUCUCAAAAAUAUGUGACGACCUUCAGCAAUGCGAUUCAACGGCCAGAAAUAUUCCCGAUCCUCACAGACAUGAGAGUGAUGAAGAUAUUGUCAACAUGCCUCUCCAAGACAGAAAGUCUAGAGGACCAAACAGAUCAAAUCCCAAACCUAAAGAUAAGGAGAUUCUUGAUCUCAAGAGGCUUUUAUCACUGAUCACAGCUCCAGUGUCAAAACAGUUUUCAUCUUUGAAUCAAUCCAAGGGACGAAAGCCUCAGAACUCCUCAAAUGUUCCCGAUCACCGGAAAGUCGUCACAAACAGUGAAGCAUCAGAGCUGGAUAACUUCAGUGUGACCUACAGAAAUCAGAGGUGUUUUAGUGACCAGCCACAUCACAGACUGUUCCUGGACAUCUUCACUGCCUUGAUCAACAACAGACUCGGUUGCAGGAACUGGGUGGACAGUUCCUCCUCGGACAACAUCCUAAGAGUUUUAAACUGCUUGAGAUUGUUGAUCAGGGAUCCUCUUCACCAGAAAGUCUUCUUUGAGCUCCAAGGUGCCAGGCAGCUCGCUGAGCACAUGGAGUCGGUUGCAACAGUUUAUCUAGAAUGCAGAGAUCAGACGCUGGAAAUCGAGCAGCUGGUUGCACUGACAUAUAUGUUUCAGAAGUUGUCUUCUGUUGAGGAGCAAAGACAGUGGAUUAUUAAUUGCGGUGCACAUAAGACCCUCGUGAAGCUGCUCUCUACGCGGGACAGUAGUGUGGUAUUAGGAUCUCUGCUGGCUCUCACCACACUGGCUGAAAGUAAUGUGGAGAAGAUUGCAGAGCUCUCUCUUGUGGAGCAUCUUCUAGUUUUUUUACAAGAGUAUGACAUGUUUUCGAAAAGGCUGAGCGUGGAGCUGCUGAGGUUGCUGUGCUCGGUGCAGUGUGUCAGGGAUCAGGUGCGUCAGUGUGACGGGGUGCCGGUGCUGCUCAGUCUCCUGCACUCGGAGCAUGUGAAGCUGCUGUGGAGCGCGGUGUGGGUUCUCGUGCAGCUGUGUCAGGAUCCCGACACCAGCGCUGAGAUCCGGGCGUGGGGCGGCGUGCAACAGCUGCUGCGCAUCUUACACGGAGAACGAGUGUACGUGUCUGAUCGCUCCACAAUAGAAACGCUUUCCAGCGCCAACGCGGCAGGCAGGAUACACAGACAGCACGUGUCGGCGGAGGUGAGCCCUCAAGAGACGGCAGAGAAUACCAUCAAUCUGCAGGCAGCAUGCUGUGCAGCGAUCACUGAGCUUGUUUUGGAUGACACAACAGCACAUAAUGUGGUUCAGGAGAAUGGUGUGUACAUAAUUGGCAAACUGAUUUUGCCACAAAACCUUCAAAAUCCUCAGGCAAAAUCUCUACAGUGCUAUGCUUUUAGGGCCCUACGAUUCCUUUUUAGUAUGGAACGCAAUAGACAUCACUUUAAAAGACUGUUUUCUCCGGAGUUGUUUGAGGUGUUCAUUGAUGUUGGACACUAUGUGAGAGACAUUAGCGCGUAUGAACCACUGCAGGAGAAAAUUGCCCUUUUAUCGGAGGAUGAAUUGGAUGUUCUCAGGGAAAGCAUAGAGACAGUGAACCAGAACCGAGCUCCUCUGAGAGUGAUCAAUGGUUAUGCGGUUUUGGACCAUCUGGGCAGCGGUGCCUUUGGCAGCGUCUUUAAGGUCCGUAAGCAGAGCGGACAGAACAUUCUGGCACUGAAGGAGGUAAACUUUCACAAUCCGGCCUUUGGCAAAGACAAGCGAUCCAGAGACAGCAGCGUGGAGAAGAUUGUGUCUGAGCUGACCAUCAUUAAAGAGCAGAUGUCUCAUCCAAACAUUGUGAAAUACUUCAAAACAUUUUUAGAAGCUGAUAAGCUCUAUAUCGUGAUGGAGCUCAUAGAAGGAGCUCCUCUGGCUGAACAUUUCAGCUCUCUCAAAGAGAAACGGCAGACGUUCACCGAGGAGAGAGUCUGGAACAUUUUCAUACAGAUCUGUCUGGCUUUGAGAUACUUACACAAGGAGAAAAGGAUCAUCCACCGAGAUCUCACACCCAAUAAUAUCAUGCUCGGAGAGAGAGAUAAAGUCACUAUUACUGACUUUGGUCUUGCGAAACAGAAACAGGAAAACAGUAAGCUGACGUCAGUGGUUGGGACAAUACUGUACUGCUGUCCAGAGAUCGUGAAGAACGAGCCGUACGGUGAGAAGGCAGACGUCUGGGCCGUGGGCUGCAUCCUCUAUCAGAUGGUCACCCUCACGCCUCCGUUCUACAGCGCAAACAUGCUCUCGCUUGCUACCAAGAUUGUGGACGCGGUCUAUGAGCCGGUAGAAGACAAAGCCUUCUCUGAGAGAGUGACUGAGAUGAUUAAAUGGUGCUUGACUCCAAACGCAGACGUGCGUCCUGACAUCAUCGAGGUCAGCUCCAGGAUUUCAGAUAUAAUGAUGAAGUUUGUGGACAGUCUCUGUGCAUCCUAUAAUUCACUGGAGAGGAGAGCGGAACGAGACAGGAAGAGAGCGCAGAAGUACUUCCUGGAGAGUAACAGGACCAGGAUGUGCGGCCCACUGCAGCCGAGCGUUGACCACAAAGGACAAGAUGGAUCACAGGCUCAGAGUUUGGAAACUUCUGCAUCUGUUUCAGCAGGUGGAGCAGAACAAAAGCAAAGCCAAGAAAUGUCUGGGAAUGUCAGUGUGAAAUCUUCUGGUGAGCUGAACAUACUCAGUGCGGAUUGCCAAAAAGCAAAAGCACGACCAGCAUCGGCGGGAAUUUGUUUAUCUCAGAGAAAGGUUCGACAAAUUGAUGAUCCCAACCAACGGCUCCUUGAACUUCUGCAUAAGAUUAUAUUUAUAACUCAGCUCCCUCCAGCUCCACAAAACAGCUUCAAGCAGCGGGCAGUCGAACGCUUCAAGAAACCUCUGUUCACGUACGGAAGUGAUCCGUACAAUCUGAAGGUGGAGCUCAAUAAGGUUCUUCAGGGUAGUCAGGAGCUGGUGGAGAUGUCUUCAGCCAGCAGAGAGUGGUGGUCCAUGAUCCAGUCUCUGAGUUCAGACCCAUCCACUGCAGAAAACCGUGGAGGGGAAUCAGGUUCCACCAGUCUUCAAGAUGGACUCACCUAUGAGGACAUACAGAGUAUGGUGGAGGAUGUGCUGGAGGAAAACGGCUAUUACAGCAGAAGUGACGUGGAUUCAGGAGCGGGAACCAGACGAUCUCAAUCCCCGUGACCCCCAGCAGCGCUCGUGUCUGCCCGACGACAGCCUCUCAGGUCAACCUGACAAUAAUCACAUUGUGAAUCAUAAGCUGAUUAUGUGCAUCUGAGAAACACGUGCCGAUAUCUGAAAUAUAUUGGCACAAUAUAAGAUUGCAAUAUUAGUCAGUGCACGCACACGUAGAUGAUUGACCUCAUUUGAAUCUGUGCACUUUAAUGUGUGUGAUUUUCCUCACUGUUUUUACAGAUUCACACAAAACAGACAUUUGAAAUAAAUAUAGUUUCAAUA